AUGCACGUGGAGCAGGUCGCUGAGGGUCUCGGGGCCGGACCCAGUCCGGUGCUUGGGGCACGUGGGGCCGAGGGGCGUGGGGAAACUGAGACAGCUGUGAGAAGAAGGAUGGGCCUAGCAGCACCCGUCGGCCCUGGGACGUCUUGUGGCCACAAGCGGGCGCCCCGGAGCACGGCCCAGCCCGCGCUCGGGCCACAUCCCUGCGUCCCCGCCCCGGGCCUCAGUCGCCGCCUGCACUCGCCCGCCUCCUAUUUGCGAGAGCCCACGCAGCUCCCCAGGUGCUUCACCAGCACAGCAGGAGGUAUGGCGGGCGUGGAGCAGCACGAGGGCACCAUCCAGGUGCAGGGCCAGAGCCUCUUCUUCCGAGAGGCUCACCCGGGCAGUGGGCAGGCCACCCGCUUCUCCGUGCUGCUGUUGCAUGGCAUACGCUUCUCCUCCGAGACCUGGCAGAACCUGGGCACGCUGCACAGGCUAGCCCAGGCUGGCUACCGGGCUGUGGCCAUUGACCUGCCAGGUCUGGGGCGCUCCAAGGAAGCAACAGCCCCUGCCCCUAUUGGGGAGCUGAUCCCCAGCAGCUUUCUGGCAGCUGUGGUGGAUGCCUUGGAUAUGGGCCCCCCAGUCGUGAUCAGCCCAUCGUUGAGUGGCAUGUACUCCCUGCCCUUCCUCGUGGCCCCAGGCUCCCAGAUCCGGGGCUAUGUGCCAGUGGCCCCCAUCUGCACUGACAAAAUCAAUGCUGCCGACUAUGCCAGAGUGAAGACCUCGGUUCUUAUCGUAUAUGGAGACCAGGACCCCAUGGGUCAGACCAGCUUUGAGCACCUGAAGCAGCUGCCCAACCACCGGCUGUUGGUCAUGGAGGGGGCGGGGCACCCCUGUUACCUUGACAAACCCGAGGAGUGGCAUACAGGGCUGCUGGAUUUCCUGCAGGAGCUAGCAUGAGGCGCAGCCCUGCUGAUGGGGGUGGGCCACUUGCCUGCCUUGGGCUCUCUCUCACUCAUUCUCUCUCCUUCCCUCCGUGGGCUCCUGCUCAUCCUGCACAUCCAACAGGUGUGUCUUUCUAUCUGAGUUCUUUUAGGGUCUGUCUUUUCCUCUUCUUUCUCUUGCAGUGACAAACUGAGGAGGUGAAAUCAAGAGAAAAAAAUUCAGGAGUCAAGGGACAUAAUCUGGUGGAGGGUAAUCCAUUAGAUGAGCUUCUCCUAUAGGCUUUCCUGCUCGGCUUGCAUUCCUUCCUCUGCUCUGCCCAGCCUCCCCCCACCUCCCACCUCCUUUGGCUGCCCUGCUGGGCACACACACUCCCUACCUUCACCUCUUAGGCCACAAAUACAUACAUGCCCACAUGCAUGCAUACACAUUACAGUCAUCUAUGUUCCCAAAUAUGAUCCUUCACUUGGGGGCAACCACACAGGUACAUGCAACUCUGGGCUGAUAUGCACACUCUCACAGCAGCUUUGCAUUGCAUGCACAGGCACACAGGCAUACUCUGUCCCCACACAAGCACUUGCACAGGCACAUGCUGCCCUCCCCAACCAUUCAGCACCCCAUGGCUGGGAAGGUGGGGACACCAUGAGGCCAGCCCUUGCAGGAGACCCUCUACCAGGCUUAGGGUGUGGCCAGCUCUGAACUUCACUCACCCACAGGUUGCAGCUGGCCCCCAGAUCAGAAAUGCCCACAAAAGGGAAGGGCCACCACUUCGACCCUCAGAUCUCCCAGCUUUUCCACUUUCUUCUGGGUGCUCCACAGCUCCCCAGGUUAUUAGGCCUGGGUCUUCUCAGCCAAGCUAGUUUCUUGCUCUGAGCUUUGGGGGGUGGGGAGACAGAGAUUGGAGGUCUGUGAAAUAAAGUGAU